CUUCCUCCCAAAACUCUCUCUUUCUCAUCAUCAACCCAUUCAAAACUCACGAUCAUGACACCUCAGCAUUUCAACCUCGUCGAAGUCGACACCCUCGAAGCAAUCGUAAUAAUCGACAACGAAAUCGACAUAAUGUCCACCGUUCCCCAUAACACCGUAACAAACACCGGCCGCAUGCCCAACCUCUCCCUCUCACAACCCUCCAACAUCUCCAAGCGCGGAGACUGCCAGAAAGAAAUGCCCAUGGAAGCCAUCUGCUGCGGCGCUCACGGACUCAGCAUUCUCAUCACCGUAACAAAAGGAGCCCAAAAACACAGCAUGCUCUUCGACGUUGGUCCCGAAGAAGAAGCCUGGGAACGCAACGCCAAACGUCUAUCCAUCGAUCUGAAAACCAUCGAACGAAUCCAGCUCUCGCACUGGCACCGCGACCACUCGGGCGGUAUGCUAAGAGCCAUCUCCAUGAUCACCUCUUCCAACCCGCCUUCACCUGUAGUAACAGAUCUCCAUCCCUCCCGACCCACGUAUCGUGGUUUCAUGGUUGGUAGUACGCCGAUUUCUAUGCAAGUCGAUCCGUCGUUCGAAGAAAUGGAGGAUGCAGGAGCCGUGGUGGAGAAGUUUGAAGAAGCGCAUACGGUGCUUGAUGAUAUGUUUCUUGUGUCUGGGGAGAUUCCCAGGUUCACGGGGUACGAGAAGGGGGUUAAGGGCGGGAUUAGAUUUGAGGAGGAUCGGGAGGAGUGGGUGAAGGAUGAGGAGAUUUUGGAUGAGAGGUUUUUGAUGUGUAAUCUGAAAGGCAAAGGUAUAAUCCUCUUCACAGGUUGCUCCCACGGUGGUGUGGUGAACACCGCUUUACACGCAAAGAGCCUACUGAAUGAUGAAGUCCCGCUCUACGCUGUCGUGGGCGGAUAUCAUCUUGUGGGCGAACAAGAAGCCAACGUCGAGGCCACGGUUAGAGAUCUGAAGAAGCUUGACCCGAAAGUCUUGUUACCAGGACAUUGUAGCGGAUGGAGGGUUAAACUUGAGAUUGAGAAGCAGAUGCCAGGCCGAUUGGUUCCUUGUGGUGUUGGGGCUAGGCUUAGUUUCUAAGAGUUAGUGCUAUGGGAGAAGUGCUCUCUGAAAAGGGCUCGAUGAUACGGGGAGGACAGAGAGUGUUCGAGCAAACUCCAUGGAAUCUUGUUACUUUUUGCGCGAUAUGUAUACGGUACCUGAAG